AUAUGAUGGAUGGUUUCUUUCUUGUGGGUAGUGGCGGUUCUCGCUUCUCCAGCAAUGGCUUCCAUAAGUAGCUUACACUUAUGGACGUCUGACCACUGCCAUUGUCGUCUUCCUCGAAUUUCUUCGGCUUUGGAGUCGGACCAAGCUCGACCCACGAAUCAAUCCCUCGCAUUUUCCAUACCCAUUUCGAGAAGAGACGCGAUUCUGCUCGGUUCGAUGCCAUUGACGAGCUUCGUCGUUUUGCCGCAGAAUCCUUCGGAGGCGAGAGAGAGACGGAGUAAGAAGGUCAUUCCUAUCGAAGAGUACCAAACGAGCCCCGAUGGACUGAAAUACUAUGAUUUAGAGGAAGGAAAGGGUCUGGUAGCCGAGAGGGGUUCAACCGUUCAGGUACAUUUUGAUUGCCUAUACAGAGGUAUCACAGCAGUUUCUAGCCGGGAAUCUAAGCUUUUGGCUGGAAAUCGUAGUAUUGCUCAGCCUUACGAGUUCAAGGUCGGGUCUACCCCAGGAAAAGAACGGAAACGUGAAUUUGUGGACAACCCAAACGGGUUAUUUUCUGCUCAAGCUGCACCAAAGCCUCCUCCUGCUAUGUAUUUCAUAACUGAAGGAAUGAAAGUUGGAGGCAAGAGAACCGUCAUUGUUCCUCCUGAAGCUGGUUAUGGCAAGAAGGGAAUGAACGAAAUACCGCCAGAAGCUACAUUUGUGUUGAACAUCGAGCUUCUUCAACUCAUCCCCCCUGAAGAGAAGUAAAAGACCUUCUGUGAACCCUCUGGCCAUAUUGUUAGAGAAUCACAAGUUUUGAGCUUAUGUCCUAAGCCUGUAGGAGUUUACACAUGCGAUACGACCAUAUAUUGUCCAUCUAUUGAUAAAUAGAUUCAGAUUUCGCUUAUAACGUAAAUCUUCAAGUGUGUUUUCA